AUGGACAAAAAGUACAUGAAUUGUACGCGAUGCGAGUUGUGCGGAACAGCUGACGUCAUCUAUGGAUCAACGUUCAUGGAAUACUCGAUUCUCUUCCGAUUACUGACCGCUCCCUUGGCAACAAUGGGAAUGGGUAUGCUGUCAGCGACGAUUGUGAAAACAAAAGGGAUUCAUAUAAACACAAAAGUCAUUCUCCUUGUUUUAUGUAUUUCUGCAAUUAUUUGUAACACUGGUAUUCUCGUGGAUUGUCUCUAUAAAUUUUUCAUUUCCAAUGUCAUGCCAAAUUAUAUGCAAUGCGAUUUUCAAGUAUUCAACCCGCAAUAUGGAAUUGUGAUCCGCCACAUCGAGAUCCUAGGUGCAAUGUGUCUAUCCACUUCAUCAAUUGCGUUGGCUGUUGAACGAACUGUGGCUACAAUUUUCUACCGCAAUUACUCUUCAAAGCCUACACUCGGAUCGAUUCUCGCCGUUAUCCAGAUUCUGGUCAGCUUCCUCCCAAUUUGGAAUGUGCACACACCAAAACAGAUGUAUCCGUAUUCGCCGCCAGAGCUUCACGCCUACAAGCUCUACCACUCUAUGAACAUGUGGCAAACUAUUCUCAACGUCAUCGCCUUUUUCAUUUUCAUCAUUCUCUGGAUCAUCAACUAUACCAGAAAAGCGCCGAUCAUUCUCGUUCUGUGUCUGAUGGUGUUUGCUUCAGAAUUGGUGAGCUCAAAAUUACUCGAGAUUGAGCUGGAACAUGUUCUUUUCACAGAUUCUCAUCCUCUUCACACCAUUUACAACGAAGACACAGUAGUGACUCAUCAAGUGUUAAGUGAAGUUAUCGAGUAUUCGUUCUACCCCGAAUUACAGCUUACCUUAAUUCCAAUCAUGUUCAUCGCCCUUAUCUUGGUGCUGAUCACAAUUUCCAAGAAACUUCGAGAUAAUUUCCUACUGGUUUCCAAUCUAUCCAUUUGUUUCCCUGUGAAGGUUCAUACAACAGAUUCGAGGUCUUCAAGCGAGUCUUCAAGCUCCGAAGGAUCAUCAGAGAGGAUUCACUGGAAUCGAAAAAUCGACGGACUCUCUAUAACGACUCAAGGACCGAAAUUCUAA